CCGUCUCGGCCUGGCGCUCUCCAACGGUCGUCUUCCCGACAUUGGCUGCAGACCGGACCGCCUGGUUUCGCACCCACAACCCUCUCCGCAGCACCAGUGGCCUGCACCCCCCCCAUCGGCCGGGCGCUCUUCCAUCGGAUCACUCUCAUCCCGCAAUCGAAACGGCGAGUCUUGAGAUUCCGCCUGCCUCGCGGCCAUGUCCAAGGGCGAGUCGCAGGUGAUCGCCGUCGCUUCGGACGAUGGGCACUCCAUCCUCUACUAUCUCUGCAAGCUCUGUGGCGUCGACCACUCGUUCCGCUUCGAAACCGAAGCCAGAGCCUUGGUCCACCUCGCUCGAUACGAAAAGAACAACCUCGUGCAUGGCCCUCGCUCCAAGCUGGAGGACAACGACUAUCGAAUCGUUAUCACCCACACCAGCGGAUAUAUCCACGAGAGACGUUGUCGGGUGGUGCAUGUGCCGAGUCCCGAGCAUGGGCCGAUCAAAAGCACUCGCUACUACUGCCACCACUGUCCCUACGAGGCUGCUCGAUUGCCCUUUGUCCAGAAUCACAUUCGAAGAACCCACAACAUUCGUGCCCGGCAAGGUGCGACUUGCCAGCCAGUACAGCCCUCGCCUCCCAUACCGAGCCCAUCGCCCGCAGCCUCGCCAACGGCUGUCGUCAAGAUCGAGGAUCCUGGGCAGGUGUCUCGGCAUGGAUGGAGUGACUCGGGCAUUCCCGGAAGCCCAACCCCAAGCAACUCCAAUACGGAGGGCAGCCAGAUGCUGCUCUACAACCCAACAUCCCGAGAUGCAACCGACCGCUCCGACUUCAGGCCCAGAGCCCAGUCGGGUGGCCAUGUGCCCGACUCUCGUCUUUCAAUUGAAUCGACAGGUCUCAUCGCUCGAGCCGAACCAAAGCCCAGGAAUCGCAGGACCCUCCUCUGCGACGGUAUCCUCAACGACCCCAUCCGCUUUCCGCAUCGAUUCUGGCGACCGACAGUCGUUUGCGGUUCGCUCUGGACACCAGGCGAAAAGAGCCGGCUGCUUGACGCCGUCCAAUGCUGGGCCAACCUGCCGAAGCCGCUCACCGCCGGCCACGCCGAUCUGCGCCGGGCAUACCUCCUCUUCUUGUCUCGAUCACUGCCAUCCAAGUCGGCAUCCGAGAUACGGGUCUAUCUCGAGCAGCUGGGUCUGCUUGAUAGCACCAUCGACCGCACUGCCAGGAGCGAUCAUUCAAGUAGGUCUUCCGAGCCGAGUUCAGCCGCCACACGCAACCAGAUCGGCGAUAUUUUCUUCCAGUACGAGCUGCCACUAUCGGACCAGGAUGUCAACAAGGUGCUUGAAGUAAUCGACGUCCAGGCGGCCCUGAGACUGGCUCGUAAGCACGCGCCUGCAGAUGAAUACCCUGCUGUCUAUCGAAACACCAUUGUGGAAAUGUAUGACAGUCUUGUCAGAUGGCUUCCUCGGCUGAUGAAGGCUGCCCUCGGGUUGGCUUCGGAGCGAUACCAUGUCGGGCUCCGGCAAGGCAAUCCGGCCAAGCGCGUCGAGAGAGAAGACAUUAUCGAGGCCUUUAAGCUGCUGAAUCCACAUUCGAUGCAAUACCUGCGACCAUUUGAUGCUGUAGAGCAGCCUGGGCAACCCGAAUUGAAUACGGCUCGAUCGUUAGAGGAGACAGACGAGCCCAAGGACUCUGACGCAUCCAUGGACUCGGACGAUGUGUGUGAAUCGGAUGGAUCGAAUAACUCGUAUGGGACGUAUGACUCGCAGGAGACGGAAAGCACGAGCGACUCGGAUGACUGAACGAGCUCGGAUAAACCUGGCGUGUAGCCGAAGACGCAUUCUUCCGAAGAAUCAUGGCCGUCGCUGUGAUGACCAAUGCGGUUCAAAUUGCCGCUGUCACAAGCGUCCAAGCGCCCUCUAUCACCGCCUCCCAGCCAUAUGGGAACACACGUCUGCUUGGUCACUCCAGCGGGG